AUGGAUCAAUCAAUAAGUCUGAGUGGAGAUGCACGGCCUGGUCUCAGUACCAAGACUCUCACUCAAAUGUACACACACUUCCUGAUCCUUCAGACCAACAUCAAACAUGAGAAGGACUAUGAGAAGAAGGGGAAAGAUGAAGACAUGAUUCUCAAACUGGGGAAACUGGCUUUCCAGCAGCUUGUGAAAAGCAACCUGAUCUUCUAUGAGGAAGACCUGAGAGAGUGUGGCAUUGAUGUGAGAGAAGCAGCAGUGUACUCAGGAUUGUGCACUCAGAUCUUCAGAGAGGAGUUGGGCUUGUAUCAGGGGAAAGUCUUCUGCUUUGUUCAUCUGAGCAUCCAGGAACAUCUAGCAGCUCUAUAUGUGCACUUCUCCUUUACAAUCAACAACAUCAGUGUGUUUGAUCAAACAAAACAAAGUCUGUUGCUCAAGAUUUUUAAGCAGAAGAAAUAUAAUUCAUUAUCUGAACUGCAUCAGAGAGCUGUGAAUGAGGCUUUACAGAGUAAGAAUGGAAAUCUGGACCUUUUCCUGCGUUUUCUUCUGGGUCUCUCAGUGGAGUCCAAUCAGACUCUCUUACGAAAACUACUGACACAGACAGGAAGCUGCACCUACAACAAAGAGGAAACAGUGCAGUACAUCAAACAGAAGAUCAGAGAAAAUCGCUCUCCAGAGAAAUCCAUCAAUCUGUUUCACUGUCUGAAUGAACUGGGUGAUGAUUCACUGAUGAAGCAGAUCCAGGAUUAUCUGAAAUCUGGAGAAAUAAGAGAAACCAAACUCUCCUCUUCACAGUGGUCAGCUCUGGUUUUUGUGUUGCUGACGUCAGAAGAGAAGAUGGAUGUGUUUGAUCUAAAACUGUUUGUUGGAAAACAACAUACAGCAGACGAAGUUCUUCAGAAUCUGUUACCUGUGGUUAAAGAAUCCGGAUCAGUUCGGUUAUGUGGAUGUGAUCUCACUGCUCAGUCUUGUGAAAGUUUGUCUUCAGCUCUACAAUCCUCUAACUCUGUCCUGAGAGAGCUAGACCUGAACCUGAGUAACAAUGACCUGAAGGAUUCAGGAGUGAAGCUUCUUUCUGAUGGACUUAAGAGUACAAACUGUCAGCUGGAGAUUCUGAGUGUGGAUUAUGGAGAAGAGUGCAGGAUUAAAACAGGACUAAAGAAAUGGUUGUGUUUUCUCUCACUGGAUCCAAACACAGCAAACACUCGUCUCAUUCUGUCUGAGCAGAACAGAAAAGUGACAAAUGUGGAACAAUAUCAGCCGUAUCUUGAACAUCGAGACAGAUUCGAUGUGCAUCUUCAGGUGUUGUGUAGAGAGAGUGUGUGUGGACGCUGUUACUGGGAAACUAAGUGGAGUGGAAGUGAUGGUGUGUAUAUAUCAGUGUCAUAUAAGAGCAUCAGCAGGAAGGGAUGGGGUAAAGAGUGUUGGUUUGGAUUUAAUGAUCAGUCCUGGAGUUUGUACUGCUCUCCUGACAGUUAUUCAUUCUAUCACAACGACAUAGAGACUCGUCUCCCUGUGAAGCCCAUCAGCAGGAGAAUAGGAGUGUAUGUGGAUCACAAUGCAGGAACUCUGUCCUUCUACAGCGUUUCUGACACAAUGAGCCUCAUCCACACAGUCCAGACCACAUUCACUCAGCCGCUCUAUCCUGGAUUUACUAUUGAUAAUAAAUCAUCAGUGAAACUGUGUUGA